AUGAGCAUGAGGCUGACGUGUGUCGUGGAAACAUAUUAAAUCUUUCUCACGAACAGUCUUCAAACGGUCUCAACCUCUGUACCGGGAUGUCGGGCAAAACCGCAAAACAUAAUGGGUAAUUUGAAGCUAGCGUGCGCUUCCGUGGCUGACAGGCCCGCACUUAUGGCUGCUCUCCACGUUCUCGCCGUGGCGGUGGAGGUGUCCCUGUCCCUGGUGCUGAAAGUUAUCUGUUCUUAUGUCUUCUUCACAGUCCAAGGCGCCGCGUACCGACAGUACCCACAGGACACGGCCACGCUGCUGGGUCAGCCCGUCACCCUGUACUGCUCCUUCAGCGGGCUAUCUCCGGGAGAUGUCGUCAACUGGCACUGGUACAACCCGUCCUCCGAGGCCAAGCUGUACCACAUCUCGGCAGGCAGCCUGGUGGCGCCCGAGUUCUCCCGCUACUCCAUCGUGGGGAACGCGCAGAGGGGAGAGUACAACCUGUACAUCCAGGACACCCGGCAGGAGGACGAGGGCAACUACCGCUGCAGUGUCUUCUCCGUCAGGGAGACCAAGGACAUCGAGCUGAAGAUUAUCGUGCCACCGCCUGCGUCGCCAAAGAUCACGGGCCCCCUCGCCCCGCGGACCGAAGGGAAAGGCCUGGUCCUCACGUGCCAGUCCCGCGGAGGACGGCCUCUGCCUAAGCUGGUCUGGUACAACGGCACGACGCGCCAGCCGCCGGUACGGUCGGUCAGCAGGGUGCAGCACAGAUCCGAAACGGUGUCUUCCGACCUGGUUCUCCCGUUCCUGACGAGGUGGGACAAUGGUGCCAACAUCAGCUGUGUGGCCGACCAGGGCUUCCCGAAAAUAGCCCCACCCAGGGCCACGUACAGGCAGAUACAUGUGCAAUACUCCCCCGUUGUGACUGUGCCAGAGCCGGUAGUGCAGGCGGUAGAGGGCGCCCCUGCUAACCUGACGUGCGAGGUGGACAGCAACCCCAGGGCUGAAGUCCUGUGGAGGAAGUUCGGAGGUUCGCUACCAGAUGGUGCACAGCACAGGGGAUCAGUCCUGGCCAUCCCGAAAGUGACCAGACCGGACGCCGGCAUCUUCCAGUGUCGGGCCGACAACGACGUCAAGCCGGCUGGAUUCGGAACCACCACGUUAGAAGUACUCUACGCGCCAUCGAUCAAGCCCAGCUUCGAGUCUGAAGUGAGCGUGCUGUACGGGCAGGAGGUGUUCCGGCAGGACUGCACGGCGGACGGGAAGCCGCAGCCCCGGGUGCGCUGGCUCCGGCACGACACGCACCGCCUGUACGACAACCCGCUCACCCUCGCCCCCGUCACCUACCAGGCGGAGGGACGCUACGUCUGCGUCGCCUCCAGCGUCGGUUUUCCCGACGCAAACAGGGAGACGUCCAUCAACGUCAUAGGCAGACCCGACGUCCUGAGCGAUCCGUCCACCACAUCCCUGGCGGGCGGGGACUCCAUCCGGCUGACCUGCACCAUCGCGGCCGACCCGCCGCCGGACAGCCUGGUCUGGACGUUCCGCGGGCCCGACGGCGAGGAGACCCGCUACCACGGCGGCAAGAGCGGCGACGUCACCGUCACCACUGUCGUCACGGACAGGAUACGGAGCGUCCUGUCUAUAGACGCUGCCUACGCCUGGCACUCCGGGGACUACACCUGCAAGGCCACCAACAUGUUCGGGUCAGACCAGGAGGACUUCAGGGUCAGGGUCAAAGGAUCCAAGUGGGUUCUGAUUGCCGCUAUUAUCGUGUCUGUGGCGACGGGGAUUCUGCUGGUGACGAUCGGGAUUCUGUGUCUGGGGCUGAGGAGGGGCUGGCUCUUCUGCAGGAAAUCAAACGGUACAGCGGACAGACCGGACAUCGAUCCGGGACUCUACACGUCACAACAGGUGGAUCACGAGAUCUCACUGCCGUCUUCAUUCGACAUCAGAGCCGACCCCGAGAAAGCAGACCUGUGCCAAAGAGACCUGAUGGCGAGACGGUUCAAGCCGCUUCCGCCUGCCAAACUGCCGCAGGGCAGAUUUCAGCCCGAGCACCACACGUCGUAUGUGUGGACAGAAGCAGUGCCUGAUUACUCCAGUACGGAGCGGCUGAGGCCGACCGACGACAGAAGACUCCCCGACCAGAAGCAGCACCAGCCAAGAGCUGAUGGAGCCGCCACCUUCUGCCGCUCCGCCCGCCGCGUGGACGGCCUCGGCAAGCCGACAAUCGACACUGGAAGACACGAGACUGACUGGAGAACAGCCCACACCAGGAUGUCUGCGGCAGAGGACUAUCGCCAUAGGAGAAAGCAGAUCAUAGCUAUAUUAUCGGACUAGUCAAGUUAAUGCUAUUUCACUCAAGGCGUGUGACCUGCUGAAGCUUUAUCGUGAUACCUCCUUAAAUGUAGCAUUUGAUACCUUAAGUAACUUAAGAAACUAACACCGUAGAGGUGUGACGGCCUCCCCUGGUACGUGAUCUGAUUAUGCAGUGUCUUACUUUAUCUGAUGAGACCUUUGGACCUUACGAACAAGAUCUGUGACAAAUUUCUGAGAGUCGUUGUAAAUAUUGUUGAAGUUGAUGGAAUAAUGCCCCCCUCCCCUAUUCAGACUAUCCGGUUCCCUCCCGAUCCUGGCAAUCUGGUUACCAUUGCCGCCCACUGUUUUGUCACCUUCUGUAUCGUCAGUUGUAAAUUCUACACGGUGAUUAUUGCUGUUGUCAAAAGCCACCGACGUUUUCUUUACCUGUUGGUUCCAUUCAUAGUGCCCGCAAUGCUCUGCCGACUUAUGGGUGGAAUGAAACAUUACUUUGCUUUCACAGCAGUCAAUAACUCGUUACGCCUCUUUAGACAGCUUUUAAUCUAGAGAACCAUACUGUUGGCUGAUUUACUCACACCCGUAACGGUUCGUAGUCACAAGCAGAUGGCUCUUUUAACUUAAAAGUCAAUUCGUUUCUUUAUUGCAGUACCCGUAAUGUCGGAGACUCCUGCCUUCUUCAUAGAAGCUAAAUGUUUUGAUUUCCGAAGAGACCUUUCUUUUCAAUCAUUUUACCGGCGUCAUUUACUUUUCGGUUGAUUGGCGUAAAUUCUGCUUGAAUUGUAUGUACUUCGGUUUGAUACUCUUCAAAGCAGUCGUUGUUUGAGUCAGUCAUUCUGAGGACUAUUAUAGACAAAGUAUUGAAGGAAAGCAAUUAUUAAAGAGCAGCCUUUAUUAAAACUAAUAACGCUUCCGUCGUCAUAUCGUAGAAUCUAGUCGAUAUUUGUAGUACGUGCGUGUUGCUUUACAUGUUCCCAUUGUGAUACACCCACGAGUAGCUCCAGUGCAUCUUUGCUUUGCUUCAUUGUAAUUCACAGUCUUGAUGUUAUUUACUCAUUUGUUCAGAGUUGAUUGGAAUUUCUUUAAUUACUACUUUAAUUACGAGACUUCCCACAGGACAAACUAGGGUCUGACAUCAAGGUGAAUCAUUUGCCUUGGUGCAUACUGUGAAACAUUUGCUCUCGUUGCUACAUAUAAUGUAUAAACAUUAAACAUUAACCCUCUACCCAUCUCAGCUAUAAUUAAUCAGUAGCAGCAAUAAUUAGAAUGACCUGCAUACUUUGAUGUGUUGAUUGAACAUUGCCAACAGUGGGACAUCCACAAAAGGAAAGUACAUUCAGCCAGGCAAGGGUUCAGCAAGGUAA